AUGGAAUAUUUUCAGUUUUUGAACUGGGGUGAUACGGACAAUGAUACAUCGGACGACGGUCAACUAUGGUUCGGGCCAGCCGUUUACCAUCCGGCUAUACGAGAAGUUGAUACUUCGCAGGAUGCCCACAUGCAGUCUAAACCAGAAGAGAAAGUGAUUGAGAGUACUGAGACACAGGAACCUGAGCAGAACCCUCCCAUGAAAAAUGGAAAGAAACGAGCGCGCUCGGAACCAACACUUCCUCCUAGCAUCCCUCAACCACAACCAGACAACAGGAGACCAGCGAACCCUGGCACAGCACUUCCUCCCAGUGCCCCUCAGACACAGCCAGGAGACCUCUCUAAUGAUGAGAGGACACACCAUCAGGAUAGCUUGGUCCGUCAUUGUGGGUUGCCCCCGGCCUCUUCAUACGCACAACGGCCUAAGAGAUCUGAUGCUGGAGAUAUCAAUCCUCCUGUCAAGAGACCUAGAGGGCGACCGCGCAAACACCCGCAGCCUGGGGCGAAUCUGUCAACUCAGAUUAACCCACAGGUCCUGAUAAACGCGAACGGGAAUUUGCCACCACCACCACCUGUACCAGACGCGUCGCGGUGGUUGAACGGGCACGAAAGUCAAAAUAUGAUCACUAACGCUCAAAAUACACAUCGGCGACCUUUUUCUCCCACGGCUCCCAUGCCUUUCAUGCCUCCCUUGCCCCCUGGCCCGUUUGAUCUUCAACGUCCCGGCAGGGAGCAGGCCACUGGUGGACUUCCACCAAGUGCAUCUAAACUUGAACAACAAAGAAACCUUGCAUUCUAUAGCCAAGGUUUCCAACAACGGUUUGAUUGUUCUAAUCCGCAUCUGAAUCCAGGAGCCCAUGGACCCGGGGCACCUGUCAGAAACGGGCGACCUAUCGACUACAGAGCUGUCGCCCGCAUGCACUAUUUCAUGGAAAUGCAAGAAAAGGCAAUAGAAAGGCGGAUCAUGGAGGCUGAGGAUACCCUGAGACAAGUGCCGGAAAAGCAUGAUGAUCUUACUGAUGAAGAAGUGGCUAUGGCCAAAUCGCUGUUUCGAUCAGACGUCGAAUGGAACGACCUCUCAUGGGGUGUCAAGUGGGUUAUUCUAUGGAUUCUCAACAAGACAGACCGUUUCGCAAAGAUUGUCACUUUAAUCUUGCACCUUGGACACCGCCAAGUCCAUGAAUUUAUUGAACAAUAUAUCCGCCAGCAUCUUUUCUGGGAAACUUGGAAAGAGAAUGUUGAGCGGAUUCCUCAUGCUGCACUUCUGCAGUAUGCAUUGGAGAAGAGGCAGACUGUUGCUGAGCUUCUACAGCAGUAUCGCCCACUUCUUUACACCGAACAGAUGACUCAACAAGAUGAAGAAAAAGGGGCCGAUUUCUUAUUGAGUCUAGGUCGCCCUGGAGUACUUGAGGAAUUUAAAGCAUUUACGAACGAAAAACUGUCCGGUUUCUUACGCUUGGACAUUGAGUGGGAUUUCAUCCAAGAGGUCAUUGACAAGCAACAAAUCUUGGCUUCAGUUGGACUGCGAUGGCUAAACCCUGAAGGAGUUGGGAAAGUCAUAAUGAGAUCUCUACCACAGGAGGAUUCAAAACCAAAAUCUGGGUUAAGAAACCCUUUUACGAAGAUCACCCUUUUUGGUCCAACCAACGAUGAUGGUCAGGAUUCAGAUAUGUCUGAGAGCAAACCCACCGACAACGAUCAAACAUCACACAUCAGCAAACAACCUGUCGAUCCGGAGGCAACCGAUAAGGAGGCAGACCCCGAAAGUCUUCUCUGCCCUGAAACUCCUUUGUUGUCGCUCAUACCAGAACCGCAUGGCCUGAUGGCAAUACCCGCUCACCAGCAACUCCUGAGAAUUGCUAUACACAGGACAGCACCUGAGAGUUACGGAAUUGUGCAAGGCACUUAUGCAUCCAACCUUGUAUCCACUCAUUUGGAAGAAGAAAGAGGUCUUCUCCCUGUUCACUCCUCGUAUCGUCCUAAGGGCUUUCCCUUUUAUGCGAAACAUGUGCCAGGCAUUAUUGGCUUCAGCGACGAAGACCCCGUUGGCGAAGUCUUUGGAGGUACCAUGAGUCAAGAUGAGGGUUUGACUGAACAGCAAUUGAUGAGGCAUGAUGCCUUGUGCGCGAGAGGGAGAGCCUUUACUCAAAUCGCUGAGAGCGGGCAGUUCAGUCCUGGUCUACAAACAGUAGGUAGGCCUCAGGAUGGCCGAAACGAGACAGGGUAUUAUCGCGAGUCCGGACUGAAUCGUGUCGUCAAUGCUCCUUCUGUUGAGUACACCGUUUCUGUCCCCUCACCAGGCCAAUUACACGAACGGGACGAACCGCCAACACCUUCUAAGCAACUCCGUCAGAUGCUCGAGAAGUAUAACGGCUUUCUCACAAAGAAUAACCAAGAAGAGAAAAGUUCCUCCAGUGAUAGUGAUGACGAGGCUGCGAUGGACAUCAGCGAUAUCCCCCUUCCAGAACCCGAAAAAGAUGAAGAGUACUGUCCAAAGAAGAAGUCAUCGAGGAAGCCCCCGAGGAAGAAGGCUACCUCUACCAGGAAGGUCGGCCGACCCAGGAAACCGGCUGUCAGGAAGAAUGACAAUGUGACCCCAAAGAAGGUUGAAGGGCUUCAAGGUCAUGGAGGUCAGGCUGAUACUGGAUCCGGAGAGAGUAGCAUGCAGGCCUCUUUUGACGCACAGAAGAAGACACCAACAAAGGAUCACACGGGAGACAAUACCCCCAGCAGCGGCCCUCCUUCCUCUGGCCGUAUCGAGCUCACCAUCAGGCCAUCCCAAACGCCCACCCCAACCGAGCCCAGCAACCCAGAGCUUGAAGUUACAAUACCCAGGCAAGAUCAUGCUACCCCUACGCGCGCACCUAUCCCGAGAUCGAAACAUGCAGUUUCUGCCAGAUAUGCGACAUACGCUUCGGUAUCAACACAUGCGCGUUUCGCCCAAACAGCUAUUCGCAGCGCCAAGAGGGGUGUCGAUGCCACGACAACUGGAACUCCUAACAACAUUGUUGAUCCGAAUAAGCUCACUUUGGAGUUUUCCAAGAUCAAACGGUGUGGAAAGCAGUAUGCUGACAGAGCUGAGUUUGCUUGGAAAGCGGAGAGGGCUGAGUAUGCAGGGGCGGCUUUUGAGGCGGAUUAUGCGUUGCAUAUAUUGGGACAAGGUACCUCUGAGUGA